AUGAGCAGGCCACCGCCAUUGACCAGCUCGCACUCCUACUCGUCGCCCAAGCUAGGGGCAGCGGCCAUCUACAGCAUCAGCUCUCCCUCGAGCUCGCCCCGACCACCCUUCGCCCAGCAUGUGUCCGGCACUAUGUCCCCCUACCGUGAUGCUUCUGCCCGCUAUGCACAACUUGGAAGCCCGAGGAUAAGCUCGCUGAGCCGAGAUGCCACUGCCGCCUUGAAGGGAAGCAACUACCCUACCUCCUCUUCACGGCCCACUUCACCCACCCCGGGUUCGCGCUCUCCCUCACCUAGCAGCGACAGCAUCGGCUCCAAUGGCUCCUCUUCGCGUGGAUCACAUGAUCCAGCCGACAAUGGAGUCCACGACGAUCGACCCCUCCUCACCCGCGGCGAUUCAUCGAGUCGCAGGAAUAUCCCCUACCACAACGACUCCUACCACGACGAGGCCAGUACCUCUGCCGCUGGUCACAACGCCAACUCGCCCAGUGGCCUCCGCGGUCAGCAUUUGCAGGCAAUAGAGACCAAAGCAGACGCAGCCGCUCGCAGAACCUCGGCUGGCGAACCCAUGAGCGCGAGCUCUCCGCGCAUUGGCGAAGCCUACGUCAACAGUCCCAAACGCGAUCCAUUGCGCGACGGAUACCGUGCCACACCACCUUCGUCCGCGUGGAGGCAUUCAGGCUCCUAUACCGGCCGCGACGGCUCACCAUGGUAUAACGACGCGCGAUCUUCUCCUUUUGCAUCCUCAGCCGCGCGUGACUAUGCCACGCUCGAGCUCGAAUCCAGCCUCGGCGCGCCAACCCACCCCGCAGGCGAUCCCGCGCUCCACUACGGCGACACCAGCAAUGCCGACAGCGUCGUAGCGCUUCUGCAUGCUGCCGCUGCGGCCAACGAAGCCAGCAAGCAGUCGGAUCGCUCCAAUGAGAACCGCUUCCCUUCUCCCAGCGCGUUCUACCAACAGGGCGUGCCCACCUACGGAAUCCCACCCUAUUCCGCUGCCUAUCGCUCCAGCUCCUCUGGCCUCGGUGGCUUCACCAACUCACCCAGCCUCGGAUUCGCACGCCCCUAUCGGGCACUCGAUGGAUCUUUGGAUGGCGCUUCGCCUUACGCGCAGGCUACCAUCCAACCCUCCGCCACUGCCAGCACAGCAGCAGACGAAGACACCAAGAUCCAGGUCAAAGCCGAACCCGAUGUGCAAGAACCCGAGGCACAGCAGCACGCUCCCAAGAAGGGACGUGGGCGAGGUCGCAAGAAGAGCAACGUCAAGCAGGAAGAGGAAGCUCUCGCCACAUCCUUGCCAGCCAGCAACGGCCAAUCUGCUCUCGAUAGCGUCGUCUCGGCUGCUCUUGCCGCUUCGGAAGCCCCAGCCAGCUUCGCAGGACCUGCGUUCUCGCAGUAUGGAUAUCCAGACUACAGCGCCACCAGCAUGCCUGCUGGCGCCUUUGGUGCGAACCCUCUUGUCUCCUUGGCAGCUCAGGUGGCCGGCACCCUGGCGCCGAUUCCAACACCCGUGCCUGCCCCCAACACUCUCGGCAAGCCCUCCACGUCAGCCGUAGCCGCACCAGCUGCUGCUGCUGCCGCUGCCUCGGCCACUUCGCCCACCUCACCAACGGGUGGCAAAGGCAAGACCGACAGCGAUGCAGGAGGUCCCAAGCUGCACGAGUGCGAGACUUGUGGCAAGUCGUUCAGCCGACGAUCCGACUUGGCUCGACACCGCCGCAUUCACACUGGCGAGCGACCGUAUCCAUGCGACUAUCCUGGAUGUGGGAAGAGCUUCAUUCAGCGAUCUGCCCUCACUGUCCACUCGCGCGUCCACUCGGGCGAGCGUCCGCACAAGUGCGAGUUCGAAGGUUGCGACAAGAGUUUCUCGGACAGCAGUUCGCUCGCUCGCCACCGACGAACGCACACGGGUCGUCGUCCCUAUGUUUGCGACUUCCCCAAGUGCGGCAAGAUGUUCACACGACGCACCACGCUCAACCGCCACUCUCGCUGUCACCAACCUGGCUACGUCAAGCCCAAGAGCCGUGGAAAGGGUCGCGGAAAGGGCAAGAAGUCGGGCAACAGAGACGAUCCCUCGGCCGCCAACGAUGACGAUGACGACGAAGAUGACGAUGAUGAGGACGAUGACGAUGACGAGGAUGACAGCGAGGAUGAGGAUGACGAGGACGAUGAGGACUCGGAAGGCGAAUCUGGCUCUGGCUCUGGGUCGGGAUCUGCCGAGUCCGCCACUCCUCCCGAGACCUCCGCUCAAGUCGCCAAGGGCGCCAAGCGCGCUGCUCCCGGUCGUCCGCGCAAGAACUCGACGGCCAAAAAGGCCAACACGGGCAACGCAGCGGGUGUGACCAACCGCGCCAACCGCUCGGCCAGCGAUGCCGAAGCCGCCAUGACGCUGGCACAGGCAGCAUUGCAGGCGCAGUUCAACCCUUACUAUGCGGACCCAUCUGGCUUCGCCUCGUAUCCGAUGUCGGCUCAAGACGGCACAGCUGCUCUUCUUGCUGCCAGCAAUCACACCGGCUUCUCGCCCGGCAUGGGCAGCAACGACUCCAACGAGGCUAUGGAGGCGGCCGCUGCUGUGCUGGGUGGGUUCGCCAACUCGCCCAGCGCUGCCACAAGUGGUCAGGACUCUACCAACUCGACUUCGCUCUCGGAAGCGCAACUCCUGCUGGAUGCCGCCAUGAGCCCUGUGUCUAAUCACGCUACUAUCCCUGGUAUCGGUGGCAGCACAGCUUCGCCGACUCGCGGGCGUGGUCGUGGUCGUCCUCGUGGAUCGCGAGGUGGUCGCCGUGCCGAUCGCCCCAGCAACCUAUCCAACGAGACCGGACCUGAAGGGCUUCAGACUACGCCGUCGGAGACGCCCUCCACGGAGGCGUCCAUCUGA